GCGUCGUGUGGUCUUCAUACUUAGUGAUCAAAUGUUCAAGAUAUAUUUCUUUUGUUUUGGAACUUUUUAUGGUAUAUCUUACGUUAAAUGUGGAAGUUUCGAAUGUCAUGAUGAUUCUGCUUACGAACCUAACGAAGGGCCGAUAUCUGAGUUGCAGUUUACUUGGCUGGGAGCACUACAGUAUAUACAUAUGAAGAAUGGCAACCCUCAUUACUUCAGAGUGCCGCGUGUUAGUUUGAUCACUCGCCAGUUCGUGCUGUCAACAGCUAAGGAUGCUGCAGAAGUACCUAGCGGUUAUGCUCUAGGUAAUGUAGUCUUCCCUGAAUAUGAGAGGGAUGAGAAAGAGUGUGGGUUAACUAUCAAGCAGUUAGCGGCUGGCGGGAGCUGUGACCCCGCCGUGCUUCUGAUGCCGAUAGCUGACGUCCUCCUGCAUCCGGAGUACAAGCACUUCGGUGUUAAAAGCAGUGUCGCUUUACUAAAGCUGUUAACACCGCUGGGAUCUAACUAUAUGGUGCCAGUUUGUCUGCCGUUCAGAAACUUUUUGCUGAGACCUUUCAAAGAAUAUGUGGAAAAACUGAUUUAUGUCGAUUUUAUUAGUGAGGUUCCUCGAGAUUUUUUGGAAGAAGAGAAGGAAUUGGUUUUUCUAAGACUGGUGCCCAGAGAACGUUGUGUGAAGCACGAAUAUUUCAACGAAAGUAGUCUGUUACCCGACCGGCAUGUGUGCACGACCGGCUGCGACCUGCAGUCGGGCGCGCCCACACUGGUACACGAGCACACCGGACACUGGAACUUGUUCGCUUUGGCUGAAGGUAUAGUCGAGGAAUUUUAUUUCAUACCCAUAUAA